AUGUGUUCUGUCUCAGGCCACCCGUUUCGUGGAGUUACCUUGUUGGUUCUCCUACUGUCAGUUUUUGCGUUAUCCACGUUCGGUGUUGCUGACAGUGUCAUCCAUAAGGAUGUUGCCAUCAUCGGCGGUGGUGCAUCAGGACUCUACGCUGCUCUGCGUCUGCGCCAGAUGAACCACUCGUUCGUCGUGGUAGAGAGCAGGCAUGAAUUUGGAGGCCACACGGCUACCUACACCAUCCCAGGCACGAAUACUCACAUCAACUAUGGCUCACAAGGCUACGGUGGCGACGUCGACGCAAUCAAGCGCUUCUUUGGCUUCUACAACGUCCCGAUGAAACUUGUGAAACUAAGCGAGGUCGGGUUCGGCAACACGCGUCAUGUCGACUUCAAAAGCUCAAAGGAGCUUCCCGACUUCAAACCUGACAAUAAUCUAACCAUACUUUCUCAACAAGUUCACAAAUACCCGGAUCUCGCAUUAAACACAAGACUACCAACCCCUGUCCCUGAAGACCUGACUCUGCCAUUUCGUGACUUCGUCGCAAAGUAUGGAAUCCAGUCCAACGUAUACAGUCUAUACUUUCAGACUGAGGGCUUGGGUGACCUCUUAUCGCAAUCGACGCUGUACGUGUUUAAAUAUCUCAAUCUAGCCUAUCUUGACGGCCAGCUUCCCAAGUCACCCGGGUUUUAUGUCACUGAGAAGGGCUUCAACCAAGAGAUCUACCUCAAGGCCCAGGCUGACUUCGGUGCCGACGCACUGGUAUCAUCGACAGUUAUAGGUGCCGUUCGGAAUAGCACUGGCGUGGUUCUGACUGUCAAAACACCCUCGGGCAAGAAGACAAUUCUAGUCUCCAAACUCCUUGUCACGAUGCCUCCGACGCUCGCCAACAUGGGCCCCCUGGGUCUCGACAGUCGCGAGUCCAGUCUCUUUUCUCGCUUCAGGUCACAUGGCUGGUAUGUCGGCCUGGUAAAGGUUGAAGGAUUUGCAGAUAGGGACGAGUUUGUCAACGCCAACUUGGACAGCUCAAAUUUUAAUUUGCCCAAUCUGCCAGCAUUGUACCAGAUCUCACCUACCGCCGUGAAAGGCAUCUAUCUCGUCCGCUAUGGCUCGUGUGCUUACAUGGACGAACGGGAGAUAAAGCGCGAUAUUGUGGUUACUGUCGAACGGGUGCGCCGUGCCGUUCUACCUAGUACAGCUGGCCUUAACCCUGUAACUUUGCUCGCAUUUUCCAGCCAUUACCCCUUUAGUUUGUACGUCAAUUCUUCUGACAUAUCCGGUGGGUUUUACAGUCGCCUGGACGGAUUGCAGGGUCACAAGAACACAUGGUUCACGGGCGCCGCGUACAGCUCUCACACAGCUUCCCAUGUCUGGAAUUUUACUGAACGCCUUCUCCCACGUCUCUUUCCGUAA